AUGUCUGUCGCUCCUCCGAGGGUUCUAAAGGAACAACAACGUGAACCCAAGAAAUUCGCAAAGAAACCUAGACAUGCAACUCCUAAACCGGAACCUGUAAGCAAAGGUGCAACCACAUCAGUUUCGCCAUGUGUUAAGGCAGUUAUUAGACUUUUACCACCUACGCUUACUCAACAAAGCUUCUUCAAACAACUUGCAUCCUAUACCAGCACUUCACCUGAAGUCAUAGUCUCUUCGUAUUACGUUGAAGGGCACUACUCGAAGACCCCGUAUGAAAGACCUACGUAUUCUCGGUGCUACAUACUUUUCACCAGUAGAGAUUUCUUCACUAAGUUUGUUGCAGAGGUACGAGAUAAACCCUUUGCUGAAGAUCUGGGACCUCGUGACUCCUUGAUCCCUGUUAUUGGAAACAGCCCAUUCUACAAUGACAUGCCUCCGCCAGAAGUUGUCGAUAGUCCAAAGGACGAAUCGUCAGAAAACGUGGAAGAAGAGAAACAACCGCUGCCCGCUCAAACAGCUAAAAAGACAGCUUCCAUCGACGAUGAUUUCCGGUUUACAGUGUUCUUGCGUUACCUUGCUGGUACGCUCCCUUCAUACUCAUUGGAUACAGUUGCACAGAUUUCUGCCCAAGAGAAGCGGAAGAAGCUACUUCUCAAAAAGCAGCAGCUGAAAGCAAGAGCAAAGGCAAAAGCUAUUAAGCGAGACCAUGACAGCACUAGCGUUCCAAAAUCCAAAACAAACAAGAAAAAGAAGAACACUCAGAAUAAACAGAGUCUGCUGCAGCCACAACCUGAGUCUUCUGCGGAAGCUAAUGAACCCUCUGAACCGACAAUCAAGUCUAAAUCCAGGUCUAAGAAAAGACGUUCUAAAAAAGCUAAGACAGGACCCGGUGAAGGCGAAGGAGCCAAAGAGUCUGACCCCAAGGAACCCAAACCUGGUGUUCCCACCGACUCUACAAACACAGCAGCUAAGUCUAAAAAGAGAAACAAGCUGAAAUCCAAGAAUAAGAAAGCCAAUCCAAAAGUAGAAGGAGGUGAAGAUCAAAGCACAAGCCAGGCAAAACCUAAACAGAAGAAAUCUAAGACCAAACUGAAAGCUACUGGAAAAUCGGAUAACAAGCCUGAAAAGCUGGAGAAAUCCGCUGAAAAAUCGGACAGCACUGCUUCUAACGUCGUGAAGCCCAAGAAAAUCUUAGCUAAAAAGCCAAACCCUGUACCAGCUGACCAGUGA